UGCACCCCUGCUCGGGUGAUUUGGCGCAGAACCCAGGGGGUGCUUGGCGAUCGUCGGGCUCCUCCCCGUUUGCUGCGGCCUCAGAGCUCGGCGUUCUCCUGUGGCCUCCGCAGAAUGUGGAUGACGCCCAAGAGGAUUAGGAUGGAAGUCGACGAGGCUCUGGUGUUCCGGCCCGAGUGGACCCAGCGAUACCUGGUGGUGGAGCCUGCGGAGGGUGACGGGGCCCUGUGCCUGGUGUGUCGCCGCCUGGUCGCCUCUACUCGGGAACGCGACGUGAGGCGCCACUACGAGGCCGAGCACGAAUUCUACGAGCGGUUUGUAGGGGACGAGGAACGCGCGGCCCUGGUGGAACGUCUGCGGCAGGGUGACAUGUCUUUGGCCGCCGUGCUCACUCCGGAGGAGAGAGCGACGCGGGCAGGCCUCGGCCUCUGCCGCUUCUUGGCCUUGAAGGGUCGCGGCUGGGGUGAGGGUGACUUCGUACAUCAGUGCAUGGAGGUGUUGCUGCGAGAGGUGCUGCCGGAUCACGUCGGCGUCCUGGAAGGCAUUGACUUGUCGCCGGAGAUCACACAGCAGAGGAUUCUGAGCAUUGACAGCAACCUCCGCAGCCAGCUGUUUAACCGAGCCAGGGACUUUAAGGCCUAUUCCCUUGCUUUGGAUGACCAGGCGUUCGUGGCCUAUGAGAACUACCUGCUGGUCUUCAUCCGUGGAGUCGGCCGCGACCUGGAGGUGCAAGAAGAUCUUCUGACGAUUAUCAACCUGACUCAUCACUUCAGUGUUGGAGCUCUCAUGUCGGCGAUUCUGGAGGCCCUGCAGACAGCAGGGCUCAGCUUACAGCGAAUGGUUGGACUGACCACGACCCACACUUUACGGAUGAUCGGCGAGAACUCCGGACUGGUCUCCUAUAUGAGAGAAAAGGCCGUGAGUCCCAACUGUUGGAACGUUAUCCACUAUUCGGGAUUUCUUCACUUGGAACUGCUGAGUUCUUAUGACGUUGAUAUUAAUCAGAUCGUAAAUACCAUAUCUGAAUGGGUAGUUAUGAUUAAGACCAGAGGCGUUAGGCGACCGGAGUUUCAGCCUCUACUAACUGAGUCUGAAUCAGAGCAUGGUGAAAGAGUUAACGGACGGUGUUUGAACAACUGGCUGAGAAGAGGCAAAACGUUAAAACUGAUAUUUUCACUAAGAAAAGAAAUCGAGGCGUUCUUGGUCUCGGUGGGGGCAACAACAGUUCAUUUCUCAGACAAGCAGUGGCUUUGUGAUUUUGGUUUCUUGGUAGAUAUUAUGGAUUAUCUUCGAGAGAUCAGUGAAGAGCUGCAGAUCAGUAAAGUCUUUGCUGCCGCUGCCUUUGAACGCAUCUGCACCUUUGAGAGUAAGCUGAGUUCACUUCAGAGACAUAUGGAGGAGGUAAAUCUAACAGACUUUCCUGCCUUCAGCAUAAUCGUUGAUGAACUCAAACAGCAGUUUAAGGAGGAUCAAAAAAUAUUUGAUCCUGACAGGUAUCAAAUGGUGAUCUCCCGCCUACAAAAAGAUUUCGAGAGACAUUUCAAGGACCUCAGGUUCAUUAAAAAGGACUUAGAACUUUUCUCAAAUCCAUUUAGCUUUAAACCAGAAUAUGCGCCUAUUUCCGUAAGAGUGGAGCUAACAAAACUUCAGGCCAACACUGACCUGUGGAAUGAGUACAGAGUCAAAGACUUGGGACAGUUUUAUGCUGGACUGUCUGGUGAAGCUUACCCAAUUAUCAAAGGGGUGGCCUAUAAGGUGGCAUCCUUAUUUGAUAGUAACCAGAUCUGUGAUAAGGCUUUUGCAUAUUUAACUCGAAACCAGCACACAUUGAGCCAGCCACUGACAGAUGAGCAUCUCCAAGCACUGUUUCGAGUUGCCACAACUGAAAUGGAUCCUCGUUGGGAUGAUCUUGUGAGAGAAAGAAAUGAUUCGUAAGCUGUUGUGGUCCAAGAAGAAGUCGAUUUGAAAAGGGAAAAUUAGUUUGAUUUUCUUUCACAUUUCUUCAUUUGGAUGGUUGGAAAGCAUUGAACUUACUACAGAUGUCCAAAUUGAUAAGCACUGAAAUCUUUCUGACAAGUUGCCUUUCCCCAUCUCACUUGGCAACGUGGGACUGACUGAAGCAUAAGAGUACCACCUUUAAAAAACUCAGUUUAAUGGAAAAGUCAUUGUCCGUUCCUUUUAUUAUAACUGAUUUUCAACAAAUUUAGUAUUGAUAUUGUCAGUUGAACUAGAAGUCUGGUUUUAAAAUGGUCUAAAGAUA